CCGGGAGGAAUCCGCUCGCCGCCGCUCGCUGCUCGCUGGGCGCAUUCGGCAGAUCGAUCGCGGCCGGAGGACACAUUUUGGAAGACACAUUUGGGAGCCUCCGAAGGGAGCGAGUGUUUGAAUCUCGGGCGGCGAGCGAUGACUCGCCUGUGGCUCAGCGGUUAAGGUCACCGACCGCCCUUCCCGAGCUCCCGAGUUCGAUUCCGAGCGACCACGAUUUGACGGUGGCCUGGCCUCCUCCAACGAGGAGGACGAGCACUAGGUCGUUCGUGAGUUCAAUUCAAUUCCUCGACCACGACCCACGGCGACGAAGACGAGGAUGAAGAUGAGGCCGGGCACGGCCAAGAGGACGAAGACGAGGACGAGCACUGGGUCGUGAGUUCAAUUCCACGUCGUCAACGACGACGACGAGGAUGAGGACGAGCACGAACCACGACCGACGGACGAGCACCAGGUCCACGAACCACGACCACGACCCGACGGACGAGCACCAGGUCCACGAACCACGACCACGACGACGAGGACUUCCACGACGACCACGACGCCGGUGCAAAAAACGACGGUGCAAAAACGACGUGACUGAGGAGGUUGAGGGCACUGGCCGGCCCAACUCUGAACCAGAAGAGCGCGCACACGCGUCCCGCCAGCAGAGGGCGCUGGAGAGCGGAGCCGAGCGGAACCGAGCAGGGAGCAGGCAGGCUGGCUCCACCCCGGGAGGAAUCCGCUCGCCGCCGCUCGCUGCUCGCUGGGCGCAUUCGGCAGAUCGAUCGCGGCCGGAGGACACAUUUUGGAAGACACAUUUGGGAGCCUCCGAAGGGAGCGAGUGUUUGAAUCUCGCGGCAGAGCCAGGAGGAGAGCGAGGGAGGGCCUGGCCUGGCGGGAGCCGGCCCAAGCCUUUGGCUCUGCCUAGCCACGCCGUCCGCAGCCGUGUCCCUGUCAGGUUCCCCGAGGAGAGAGCUGUGUGCCUGCCCGCCUGUCUGCUGUGGAACACGGCCUCCCGGGGAGACCAACGUGGGCCCGCCUGCCUCGGUCAAUGCUCCGUGCUCCCAGGACGGCCUGAGUCGCCCCCUGUGGGCAAGGGCAAGGCUUUGCUCUGCAGCCUGGCUCACCGAGGGCUCCUAGGAGAGCUAGCGAGCGCUUUGAGCAGACUCCCUGGGGGGAGGGGGGUUGUUGUUUCCCAAAGGACUGCAGCUCGCUGUCCUGGCCCGGCCGAGAUGCUCUCUGGUGGGGAAGGGAUCGCUCUGGGGCGUCUGGGCAGCAAAUAGGGGAAGGCAGCGGGACAGGGAACUGGAGACUGGAAGAGGGCCUCGACCUCUGGCUGCGGCCCGGUGAGCAUCCCCAGGAGAACCCAAAAGGCGGUGGCCACAGGAGGCCUCACGGGCUGGGGCACAAACCCUCGGGAUGUGCCCGGCCCUCGCUGAGUAUCCCACCGCCGGCUCCCGGAAGAAGGGCGGGGAGAAGGAGGCCAGCAAGGCUCCUUGGGCCUCUGGGCUCCGGGUGACUGCAGAGAGAACCCCGGAUUUCAUCCUUGGUCCCGCCUCGCUCAACUCCUGAGGAGGCCGCGGGGUCAGCAUGGCGAUGGGCGCUCCUGCCUCCCCCCAGCCCCACCCUCUCCUCCACUCCUCCACGAUGGCCUCUCCGUAUGUAUGUCUGGCGUGGCUCUGCCCCUCUGAAGGUCUCUCUCGGAGAGGCGCUGAACUUGAACACGCGCCCACCUCCGUGAGCCUCCAUCCUCCAGUUGGGCCUCAGACUGAGUUGGCUCGGGCCACGCGUGCUGCGGCACGGUCCACACGGGAUGGGAAGAGGCAGAUCCGUGGGCUUCGCUCCCUGGAGAGGAGCAGGACCCCCAAAGAGAACGAGCAGAAGGGGACGGUGGACGCUUCCUGCCUCGGGGGUCCCCCGGUGGAGUGCUGCGGGAGGGAGGCUAAGAGCCAGGCCCUGUCCUGGGAGAGCUGAGGAGGGCGGUCUGGACGCCCGAGUCCGUCCGUCCGUCCGUCCGUUUGCGUCUCCUGUGUUCUUCUCAGCACAGUCGGGUCCCGGAGGACCCAGCCCAGGUGAGUCACUGGAUUCUUCCUCCCGUGAUGCCAGAGAGGGCCAUGUGUUCUCUCAACGGCGGGGACGCGGAGACCCGGAAGACCGGGGCCUGACCUCCUCAAGACUGGCAGUGAGGAGAUCCGUGGCCCCGUUCGUUCGUCCUUCCGGCGGCUCGGCAAUCCCUUCCCAGGACCCUCUCGGUGAGCCGAGACGAGUCUGCCUGCCGGCCUUCUGCUUCCAGACCGAGAGGGUCUAGAGCUGCCGGCUUACAGGAGGAAGCUGGAACCCAGCGACCUGAGCAGUCACGGACUCAGUACACGACACGCAGAAAGCUCGUGCCCACAGAAAGACACGUUUUACGGCACCCGUGGCACACACCCAGAUCCCACCGGGAAUUGAAACCGGUCCAGACAAAUUGGAAUCAUCAAUUUAUUCGGAAACCUCACUGAACCACACUCGCUUUCUUUCAAACCCUCAUAGUGGGUGAUGUAUGAGAAGAUAUUUUAAAAAUAAAUUGAGAGACGAAGUGA